AUGACUGGAGAGGAAGCCAACAGAACGAGAUCCUUAUUUUCUGAUGAUGCUUUAUUAGAUACUUUGUCCAAUGGCGGUCUCGUUACCGGCGCAUCUGAACUGGCCCAAACAGAAAUUCAACAGGAAGCUGCACCGCAGCCGCCUGCGCCUGCGCCCAAAAGCACUAAAGGUGCAAAACGGAGUAUACGCGUCCCCCUCAUUGCGGCUGUUCUGCUUUUUGCCCUCUGCUUGGAGAUUAUCAAGCUGCGAAUUAUGAAGGCCCCGGUAGCAUCAACACGCCCGCAGAGGUCAGAGCAAGAGCAGCCGCAGAGAGAAGUAAAGUUGGAGCAGCUCCUGUAUGAGAUGAGUGAUCUGGAGAAGGCACAGCCAAUGGUAGUCUAUCUGGCUGAGACGGUGGGGACGGAAAGGGCUGUUUCUGCCUUGCAGAAGUUUCGCUCGGCUUUGGAACAGUUAGAGCCGGCAGAUCAAAUGGCUGUGGGGGUUUCUUCGAGCUCUCUGGCACAUCUUAAGGAGGCUGUAGACGACGGCGUAGCCGCGCUGGCUGAGCUAUUGCAAGCUACUCGGGAGCGCGGACUGUCUUUGGCGCAAGAUCUUCAGGGCGAACGGCUUCCUUCAUUUUCAGAUGAGGAGAUUGAAAUGCUAGGCAACAGAUUGGGCGCAGGCUUUCGGAAAUUUUUAGAUAUACACAAAGAAAACGUUGAAUUUGGUUUCACUGCAGGCUUGUCGCAAGCAGAAAAGGCAGCGACAGAUCUUAAGGAAAUGCCAGAUGUCAAGUGCACCCAGGAUGUGAAAGUUUUGGCGGGUGCUCUUGCAAGUAUGGAGAUGAUCAAGGCAGUAGAUGAAGCCAUGCAAGCGCAGCAGGCAACUUUCGAGGACAUCAGGGUUAAUUCAACAACCGCGUUGGUCAUGAGCCACCAGAGGGAUCAGGAGCACUUACAUCGCGAGUUUAAAGCACAAGUUGACGAACAACGCGUUCUGUGCUGCUUGGAUGAGGAACGCCAACGAGGUCUUCCUGAACCAGAGAAGGAAGUUGUAGAAGGCCUCAAGUGGAUUCAAGAGCAGCUGGAGAAGGCAGACGAUCUCCUUAAAACGCAUAAGGAACUCAUGGACCAUACUGCAAACGCAGGCGACAUCGUCUUCGCAAGCAAGAUGGAGGUGGAGUCCAGAAUUGUAUUGAAUAAGUUGAGCGAAGUGCUGGAAGGUACCGCCAAGAAAAGGCGUUCGCUUCCCGGUGCUAUUACCGUAGACGAAGCUGCACACACCAAAGCCAUGCAGCGCCACCUCAGGUUGGUAGCAUUAAAGACCAGCGAAGAUGCGGUGGCGGCCACUGAAAGGGUUGCAGGCAUCAUGGCGGCGUUGGACGUGCAGGCGCCUACAGCUGUUUCCUCCAUGUGGGAGGCGUUAGACGGACAAAGAAGAAACCCAGAGUCACUUAUGAAACCCCCCUUUGACAGGAUGAUAGCUUCCGUGAUGAAACAGGUAGAGGAUGCAAAGGCCGCUGUUCGGAAACCCGACGACGACGAUGUUGAAGGCACCGCCUCAGUGACCCGUACGAUGGAACUGGUGCUUGCGGCUAGAUUGGCCGCAAAGGCCGCUGCGGCCUUCAGCAAUGAGGCAGAGUUGAUGUGGUUGCGUGCGCAGCUUAAUGACUCGGUAGAAGCGGACAUGCAGCUGAGCACCCUCGUGGGUUGGAAAGCAAUGGCAGCAGCAGAUCCGGCAACAGGGCGGGAGGACCAACCGCGUCAGUUCUGGACUAUUCGUAUGGGUGCCGGCGAGGCUCUGAAUUUUCAAAACAUGGUGUCACAGUUAAAUGCUGAGCAGCAAAAGGCGCGGGCGGCGGAUGGUCUCAAUGAAGUAGCUGCAGCGGCAGCAAGGAUGAAGCAGGCAGCAUAUGCACUUACGGCAUUUGUCCAGCAGCACGAAAAAGUACCAUUGACGACCAAGAUGCGGCACGCAAGCUAA